AUGCCAGAUAGAGCAAGAAUUGCCGUCAAAGACCUCGUCGCGACGUUUCCGAAUGUCCCUCGAUUCGACGGGGAGGACGAUAUCGAUCCUGCGGCCAUUUCAAAAGAAGCCAUUGCAAAGUUUGGCAACACCCUCGCUCGAGAAGAUUGGGAAGUCUUCUCGAGCUUGUUUGUCGGAGAAAGCUGGUUCAAGGAUUGGUUGACACUGACCUGGGACAAACGAACGAUCUCGGGCUCGCAGGAGAUUGUCGAAGCAUGGCGAGACCUCUACCCUAGUCGCAGACCUCGAUGUUUCGAGCCGACUGCCAACUGGAUGCCGACGACAUACAAGCGUUCGUCGGACGAGCUUGCAUAUCUCACCACUUGUUUCACAUUCUCGACUGAGGCACCUGAUUGCAGGUGCGUCGGUACUCUCUACCUUGUGCCCAUCUGUGAUGAGCGUGGAGAGGUCGAGUGGAAGAUUUGGCAGCUCGUCACAAUGAUCAUCGAGCUAGAAGGCAGUCCUUUCCGAGAACCUCAAAAUCGACUCCAAGAACACGCUUCCAGUGGCACUAACGAAGAUGACGGCAUCGAGCGAGGAAGACCAGAUUACCAUGGCCUACCUCCGCCCAACCUCAGCCUGGACGCCCUUGUUGUGGGAGCAGGGACCGGCGGUCUCAACAGCCUCAUCAUGCUUGAAUCGGCCGGCGUCAAGUCGCUCGCCGUCGAGACCACCCCGUCCAUUGGGGACAAGUGGGGAAAGAUUCGAUAUGCGCCACUGAUUCUCCAGAACCCAAAAUUUCAAAUGCAGCUCGCUCAGUCUCCCGUCCCCCACGAAUUUCCGCAGUACAUGCCGGCCAAAGACUUCCAGCGAUACCAUCACUUGACCGUUGAGAAGCUUCGAUUGCCGACGUAUCCGGGCGUGUCCGUAGAGAAGACGCACUUUGACAAGCAAAAGCAGCGCUGGCUCGUUCAGCUCUCCGAUGAAGUCAACAAAGGACAAACCGUGUCGAUAGAGUGUCGAAACCUAGUUUUGUGCACAAGUUACUACAUCAACGAUCUGCGACCGGCGAUUCCUAAGCUCCGGGACGAAAAGCUCUUCGGUGGGAACAUCAGCCACACAUCUUCCUAUCGUUCGCCAGAUCCCUAUAAUGACAAGCAUGUCGUCGUUGUCGGCAUCGGCGCCUCGGGUCACGACGUCGCGAGCGAUAUUGUCCGCAAGGGAGCGCCGAGGAGCCUGACAAUGGUGCAACGAAGCCCGAUGUGCAUCAUGGACUGGGAAGCCAUGGAGUCGCUCUACUUUCCCACAUUUGAUGGCACAAUGCCCAUCCAUGCAGCCGACAUGGUGGGAGCGACUCCGCUGGCAGUGAAAAAGGUCAACUUCGCCAAGAUGGCCAUCAGUAUCCUCGAAGCUCGUCGCGAGAGGUGCGACGAGCUGGAGCACAAAGGAAACUAUAUGAUAAACCGAACGCCGUGCUUUGUCACCUGCCUUGUAGAAAAGCGUGCUGGUGGCUACUAUCCCGACCAAACGAGAGCCUUUGAUCUCGUUCUAGCGGGCAAGAUCAAGAUCGCCCGCGGAGACGCAAAAGCCUACACGCCAGAUGGCUUGCUCAUCCAUCACGAGGGACGUGAGGAGAACUUGAAGGCCGAUGCUGUCAUCUAUGCCACAGCAUAUGAGGCGGAAAAUAUUCCCGAAAGCUAUGCUCAGACUGGAUUCAUGGAUCCCGAGUCCGCAUCGAUGCUCAUCGAUGUUGGCAAGUUUGGCAUCGACAAAGAGGGCGAACAUCCCGGCUAUUAUACUGACUCAGGUCAUCCGCAUGUCUUCUUUGGCGGUGCUUCGCCCAACUUGGCUCGAAUGAUGGGCCGUAUUGUUGCAGCUCAAGUCAUUGCAGACGUCCGCGGGGUGGCGCCCAAAAGAUACCGCAGAGAGUGA